CACCCAGCCAGCCUCUCAACCCUGUAUGGCAAAGAGGUUCCUUUGUUAAGGGAGACCCCUUCCUGCCCUUCUGACCAAAAGGAAGGUGCAGUGACCUGUGUGGUGCUUGGCACUCCCAGAACCAAGAAGUGCCCAGAGACACACACCGGCCGAGUCUGCCGCAGGGCCCCCCCGGAAGGAUCCGCAGUUGCUUGUGAAGCUGAGAAUGUCGUCAGAAACAUCUGCCACCACCUUUGGAGGCAGGAGAUCGGUCCCACCCAACAACUCCAAUGCUGCAGAAGAUGACCUCCCCACUGUGGAACUACAGGGCCUGGUGCCCCGAGGCAUCAGCCUGCAAGACUAUCUGAAUGUCAUGAAUGUUCACCUGUUCAAGGAGAGAUGGGACAGCAACAAGGUGGACCACCAUACUGACAAGUAUGACAACAACAAGUUGAUUGUACGUCGAGGACAGUCUUUCCACAUCCAGAUAGACUUCAAUCGUCCAUAUAACCCCAACAGGGAUCUCUUCAGAGUGGAGUAUGUCAUUGGUCGCUACCCUCAGGAAAACAAGGGCACCUACAUCCCCGUUCCUGUUGUCCCAGAGCUACAAAGGGGAAAGUGGGGAGCCAAAGUUGUCAUGAGAGAGGACAGGUCCGUCCGGCUGUCUGUCCAGUCAUCCCCAGAGUGCAUUGUGGGCAAGUUCCGCAUGUAUGUUGCUGUCUGGACCCCCUACGGCAUAAUCCGCACCAGACGAAACCCAGAAACUGACACAUACAUCCUCUUCAAUCCUUGGUGUGAAGAGGAUGCUGUGUAUCUGGAUGAUGAGAGAGAACGAGAAGAGUAUGUCCUGAACGACAUCGGGGUUAUUUUCCAUGGAGAAGUCAAGGACAUCAAGAAUAGAAGCUGGAGCUAUGGUCAGUUUGAGGAUGGCAUCCUUGAUGUGUGCCUGUAUAUAAUGGACAAAGCAGAAAUGGACCUUUCUGGUAGAGGGAAUCCCAUCAAAGUCAGCCGAGUUGGUUCUGCCAUGAUUAAUGCCAAAGACGAUGAAGGUGUCAUCGUUGGAUCCUGGGACAAUAUCUAUUCCUAUGGCAUCGCCCCCUCAGCCUGGACUGGAAGUGUUGACAUCCUAUUGGAAUACCGGAGUUCUGAGAGUCCAGUUCGGUAUGGCCAGUGCUGGGUUUUUGCUGGUGUAUUUAACACAUUUUUGCGAUGCCUUGGGAUACCAGCGAGAGUCGUUACCAAUUAUUUCUCAGCCCAUGAUAACGAUGCCAAUUUGCAAAUGGAUGUCUUCCUGGAAGAAGAUGGGAGUGUGAACUCCAAGCUCACGAAAGAUUCAGUGUGGAACUACCACUGCUGGAAUGAGGCCUGGAUGAAGAGGCCUGACCUUCCUGUUGGAUUUGGUGGUUGGCAAGCUGUGGACAGCACCCCCCAGGAAAACAGUGAUGGGAUGUACCGGUGUGGCCCCGCCUCUGUUCAAGCCGUCAAGCAUGGCCAUGUUUGCUUCCAGUUUGAUGCACCCUUUGUUUUCGCAGAGGUCAACAGUGAUCUUGUUUACAUUACAGCCAAAAAAGAUGGCACUCAUGUGGUUGAAGGCGUGGAUUCCACCCACAUCGGGAAAUUAAUUGUGACCAAACAAGUUGGAAGAGAUGGCAUGCAAGAUAUUACUGAUACUUAUAAAUUUCAGGAAGGUCAAGAAGAAGAGAGGCUGGCCCUAGAAACCGCCCUGAUGUAUGGAGCUAAGAAGGCCAUCAGCACAGAAGGCAUCCUGAAACCACGGUCCGAUGUUGACAUGGACUUUGAAGUGGAAAAUGCUGUGCUGGGAAAAGAUUUCAAAAUCACCAUCACUUUCCAGAACAACAGCUCCAACCAUUACACCAUCUCAGCUUAUCUCUCAGGCAACAUUGUCUUCUACACCGGGGUCUCCAAGGCUGAAUUCAAGAAGGAGACAUUUGAUGUGACGCUGGGACCCUUAUCCUUCAAGAAGGAGGAGGUACCGGUCAGAGCCGGCGAGUACCUGGGCCAGCUGCUGGAACAGGCCUCCCUGCACUUCUUCGUCACAGCCCGUGUCAACGAGACCAAGGAUAUCCUGGCCAAGCAGAAGUCCAUUGUGCUGACGAUCCCCAGGAUCAUCAUCAAGGUCCCUGGUGCUAAAGUAGUUGGUUCUGACAUGGUUGUGAUAGUCGAGUUCACCAACCCUUUAACAGAAACCCUGCAAAAUGUCUGGAUAUACCUGGAUGGUCCUGGACUGAUGAGACCAAAGAGAAAGAUGUUCCGUGAAAUCCGGCCCAACACCACCGUGCAGUGGGAAGAAGUGUGCCAGCCUUGGGUCUCUGGCCCUCGGAAGCUUAUAGCCAGCAUGACCAGUGACACCCUGAGACACGUGUAUGGCGAGCUGGACGUGGUGAUUCAAAGACGACCUUCUGAGUAAAUGCACCGGAGGCUGAGGUGCACCAGGCACUUGGCCUCUUGCAGUCUUGGCCAAGGACAUUCUAACACACAAAUUGUCAGCUCUUGCUUUAACUUAGGUGCAAAGGCUCAAACAGCAAUGGGUAAGACCCCAGAGUAGGGGUACCGUGUGUUGCAAGAUAUACUUUCUCAAACCCAGGCUAUUCAGCAUGGAAGUCAGUUUUUAAUUGCCAACUUGCAAAGGAUUCUGAGCAUUAGUUUUAAUUAAGCUCUCAUAGCUCAUAAGAGUAAAAAUCAUCAUUUAUCAUCACAAAUGGCUGCAAAUUCACCAAAUAUCAGAAGACUUCCCUUAGCAGGAGGUUUGCCCUAUACCAGGCCUCUUUUAAAACAAGACUUCUGGUUCCUUACUCAGCCUCUUAGGGGUAACACAUUCCCCAAAAGGGAGGGAAGCACAUGAUUUGGGCUGUUGAACUCUGUUCCCUUUUCUCUACCCUCUGUGUCAGAAUAUUUUUUCCCACGAAUUGAGCACAACAUCAUUUUUCUUCUUGGCAAAGCCAGGGAAAGGUCUUUUAUCUCACACCUGCAGCAAAGUGACUGCCUGCCAAAUUUCACAGAUUUACCUUGUGAAAAGAUGUGGCCCCAGAUUAACAAAUUGCAUUUGUGGGAAACUUAAUCACCUAAGAGGAGAUAAGAAAGCAGGUGCAAUACUCGAAUCUAUUAAAUAAUGUAGUUUUAUGGAGCAUUUUAUAGGAGCCAUCACGCUGUGGCCUGAUCAGCAGGAACCAAUAUCCUUUACAUUAACCUUUUCUGGGAUACAGUACUUGGAAGUGAUGAGGCUGGUUUGGGAUAGGAGGGAUGAGGAACUAGUCUCCUUAAUUUGUGAUUGUACUUCAUCUCUCUCUCUGGAAUCAUCUCCUUUGCACACCAGUGCAGGCCUAGCUACUUUGGCAGAGGAAGAACAAGCCCAACAUAAUGGAGGAGCUAAAAGAUUUAGUGAGCAGACAUGUGCGAGGACUGGCAGCCACUAAUUCUCUCUUGUCCUUCAUAUGCCCCGUGUCAAGACCUCAGCUAAGCACCCAGGGGCUGAAAAGUAAUAUGGGAUCAGCCUUGCAGAUAGCCAGUGGGUUCAGACCCAGUGCCAGAGGAUGCUGACAGCGUUUGUAUUAUACACCAAGUCUCCAGGAGACAAGGCUGCCUAGUAUUUAUUUGCAAGGCUGAUUUAUGGUCAACAUUUCCCACUGAUAUGCCUAGGGUGUGAUUUAGGUUGCUAGAUUAUGAUUCUUUGCAAAAAAUGGACAGUAGGAAGGAAGCUGGAGGAAAGCCAGAGCAGAAUGCCCUGGUCAGUAUAACCACAGUUUUAGGCCUUUGAGACUGUUUUUUGAGGCUGUUCCUGAGCCUUUGCCACCAGGAAUCUAUGAGGAUCAGCUGGUUCUCACUAUAGGUGCAUCAUACCUAAUUCUAUUAAGUAAUCUCGUGGUAUUCCAAGCUUUCCAAUAGCCAAUUUUAAAAUGACAUGUAUUUUGCUAGACUGUUAAACUGGCUUGGCUUCAUGUAUUCUUAUUAACUAGAUGUAAUAGAAGCUUAAAAUAAAGUUAAUCUGAUUGUGUUUGCGUCCACA